GCGGCGACCGUUGCUGGCGUCAUGUCGCUGGAGGACGGGCUGCGUCUGGUCGCUGAACGGGCACGUAUCAUGCAUGGGAGCGACCCGAGAGACGGAGUCAUGGCCGCCUGUCGGCUGAGCCCUGCAGAAGUGGAGAAGGCCAUUGAGAGACUGCCACUUGGUGAGAGGAGUGUGUCCGUUGCGGCAGUCAACGGCCCCAAGAGUGUCGUUCUGUCGGGUGCUCGAGUGCAAGUGGAGGAGCUUCUGAAUAGCCUCGGUGCUGGCAGCCAAUACAAGCUGCUUCCCGUUUCUCACGCCUUCCACUCCCCACUGAUGGCUGGCGCCGUCCCGCAGUUCAAGCAGGUCUUACAGACCGUUGCCCUUCAUCAACCGAGGAUCCCCCUCGUCUCCAACGUCACCGGACAGCUCGUCGCACAAGGCCACCAGGCGCAAGAGGAAGGCGCCAGCCGGACGGACGUGACGGAUGUCGAGUAUUGGGCGCAACACAUUACUCUGCCCGUCAGGUUCCUUGAUGGCGUCCAAACAAUCAUCCACAAAGCCGGCGCGCGCGUCCUCAUCGAAGUCGGGCCAAAGCCAAUACUCGUCAACAUGGCCAAGCAGAUCGUUCGCGAGGACGCGCAAGGAGUGGACCUCCAGUGGCUACCUGCUAUCGACCCGGGCAGGACAAACGAGGAUGUCAUCGCUCUGGCCGUCAAGCAGGCAGCGACCUGUGAGGCGGGUGCGCAUCAGUGGAGUCGGCGCUCUUUUCCGUGGGCCGAUAUCCGCCAUCCUCUACUUCAGAACCGCACCGAUGACGGAGACCACGUACGAUACGAGGGCAUUCUUCGUGACGAGGUUGCGACCCUUGUGCAGGACCACGUCGUUGUUGGGAAUGCUAUAAUGCCUGGCGCUGGGUUCCUCGACAUAAUGGCCGCAGCAGCGGCGGCUGCGGACGAGGGGGCCUCUGUUUCUUCGUCCAAGUCGCAAGAUUCGUCUAUGGUGCAAAUGGAAGACGUCAUCUUCGAACGCCCACUUAGGGUUUCCACGAGCGCUCCCCCUUCGGUUCGCAUUCAGGUCGAGAGGACCGCAGCGAGCGGCUCAAGCCAUCGGCUGGAGACUGUUGGGAUCCUGUCAAGGAGCCAGGACGAGCAAUCUUUCAUGUCUGUCAGUACAGCCCGCGUGACCAGCAUCAAUUCUUCGCCCCCUGAUGCCUCGGCCACUGGAGGGGACCUGGAAAGUGUCAAGAACCGAUGCACACGCCACGUUGAUCUGACCUCGUUCUACCGCCAGUUUAGCGAGUGGGGCUUCAGCGGCGGGCCCCGCUUCAGGACCAUGGGUCAUCUCAUGCUAGGCGAUUCGGAAGCUGUUGCUUACCUGCAACUGACGGCACCUAUCCUGCCUUUCGAGAGAGGGUUCCGCGUCCAUCCUGCCCUUCUCGAUGGAGCGUUUCAAAGUGCAUUCGUCGUGCUGGAAAUAGUGGAAGCAGGUGCAGACAACGGUCAGCAGAAGACGACCCAAGCGAAGUCGACUUUUGUGCCUGCCGGGGCAGACAAGGUGUCUUUCGGGCGGUGCAGUGCGUCUGACAAGCUGUGCAGUCACGUCCGGCUCGUCAGGCGGGACGACACGGGAGCGAUCAUCGACGUGGCGCUGUAUGACAGCGGAGGUCAGGUGAUUGUGGCGAUCAAGCAUCUCCAUCUGCGGCCGAUCCAUGCUACAUCCAUCGCUGAGAUCCCGAAGGAGCUCCUUUGGCAGCUGGAUUGGCAGACUGGCAGCGACGGCUCGACAACGCUCGACAAGCUGACUGGCACCGGCGAGAGAGAGGCAUCGUCCGUCCAUCUGCGGUGCCUCUUGUGUGGCUUGGCGCCGAAGCUCAAGGCGAAAUUGGAAGGCUGUGGAGCAGAGGAGCGGGCCGCUCUCGGCCUGAAGACGGGGUCAAAAAUGCUGGCUUGCGAUGAGCUACCCGCCGGUCGGGCACUGGAGCUGCUCUUGGCAGACGAGGUCGAGGGGGCGAAGGGCAAGGGUCCUCGGUAUCUCUGGGAUGUCAUUCUGUACCUGGGCGGGCUGUCAGGGCGGCAGAACGCGAGUGAAGUCGACGUGCUCAACGAGGCUCUCUGUCUGGCACAAGCCAUGCUAAGCCUGGGUCGAAGAGUGCACCAAAACGAUCCCCCUCCAAUCUGGCUCGUCACGUCUGGCGUCAUGCAGCCAGCAUACGAGCAGGACAGAUCACUUGGAGACCUCGACGUGAUGGCGCAUGCCGGUUUGUGGGGCUUUGCGAAGACCGCUCGGCUGGAGCUGGAGGCGAACAUUGGCAGGAGGAUCCAGCUUGGCUGCAUCGACGUGGCUGUCGCCCCUCAAGUGAGCGCCUCGUUCCUUGCCUCGCUCCUGACCACAGUGCGAACGGAGCGAGAGAAGCCGCUGAAUGCUUAUGAGAGUGAAAUUGUAAUGCGCUCCGCUGUCCAAGACCACGAAGGGAAGAGAGAUCGACCGGUGAACCUUCUGUAUUCACGCCUCAAGAAGUCGGCACUGCAGGUGCGGGGCGCCGUUGAGCUGUUUUUGCCUCGUCGCGGUGCUCUCAGCAACCUGAAGCUUCGUCCGCUGGCUGAAGCCUCUCGCAUGGUCCCAUCAGCUGGCUGUGUGGAGAUUCGCGUCCGCGCGGUAGGACUGGAUUUCCGUGACGUGCUGAACGUGAUGGGUUUGUAUCCUGGGGACCCUGGUCCGCCUGGCGGCGAUUGCUCGGGGACGGUCGUACGGGUUGGAGCUGGCGUGACGCAUCUCGGAGUGGGCAAUGACAUCUACGGUGUCGCACCAGGGUGUCUGCGGACGUAUGCGACCACAGACGCCCGCUGGAUGGCCGUCAUACCGGCUACCGUUUCGUUCGAGCAAGCCGCGGCCCUGCCAUCUGUGUUCGUCACCGUCGAGGUCGCUUUCAGGGAGCUUGCGCAAGUCAAGAGAGGGGAGAACGUGCUCGUUCACGUGGCGACCGGAGGGGUGGGCUUAGCGGCACUUCGAUACUGCCAGCAUGUGGGCGCCACCGUCUAUGCGACGGCCGGCAGUCAGGCGGAGAAGGACUAUUUGCGCGAGACGUGCGGCAUUGAGUAUGUGACCACCUCGCGCGACGCUGAGCGGUUCAAAGAGGACAUGCUGUCUUUCUUGGAGAGGGGGAAGACGAGGAUCGAUGUGGUCCUCAACUCGCUGAUCGACGACUACAUUCCCUUCUCGCUGGAUCUCGUGGCAACCAACGGCCGUUUCAUGGAGCUGGGCAAGCGCGGCACCUGGACUAAGGACAGGGUCGCACAUAAGCGGCCCGAUGUCAUAUAUGAAGUCAUUGCCGUGGACCAUAUGAUGGAGGAGUCGCCCGAGUGGUUCGGCUCGAUGCUAGAUCGCAUCCGACAUCUCGUGGAGCAAGGCCAGAUCCACAGCAUACCCCUGCAUGUGUUCGACAUUGACAGCCCAGAGGCAGCCAGCAAUGGCGUCGCUGGUUUCCAGUUCCUGCAGCGAGCGCAGCACAUCGGCAAAGUCGUUCUUCAGAUUCCGAGCGCAAUCGCGGCACGUAGGACCAGCGGGGCCGAGGACAUCAGCGGGGCACGUAGGACCGACGGUCGGCAGGGCAGCUACGUCAUCACGGGCGGUGUCGGGGGACUGGGACUGGUUGUAGCUGAGUGGCUGGUCCACGAGGGGGCCAAAGACGUGGUGCUCGUGUCGCGGCGUGGCCAGCCGUCGAGGGAGCUUGCGGCGACGGCUCUGUGGCAGAGGCUGACGGACUUGACCGGCGAUAACGGCGGAGAGUCAGUCAUCCACUGUGUGGCAGCUGACGUCUCAACAUGGGCAGGCUGCGGCAGCGUGUUUGAACAAGUGGGCCGUCCAGUCGCGGGCAUCUUCCACGCUGCCGGUGUACUCGAAGACGCGGCACUGGCCAAGCAAACCAGGCAGAGCAUCGAACGAGUUUACAGGCCGAAGGUAGGGAAAGCACACAGCCAGCCUCUCUCAACGUUUCCUGAUUCAAAGUGCUCUUUCUUGCUUGGCCUCAGGUAAUGGGGGCGUGGCACCUUCACGAGCACUGCGCACGUGAAGGUCUUGCCCUCAGUCACCUGGUCUUCUUCUCGUCGGCCGCGUCCAUGUUGGGCAACAUCGGGCAGAGCAAUUAUGCCGCGGCCAAUGCUUGCCUGGACGCGCUGACCUUGUACCGUCGUUCGCGUGGUCAGUGCGCUGUGAGCAUCCAGUGGGGUCCGUGGCUGGAGCAAGGCAUGGCCGCCCAGCUGAAGCAGCAUUUCGACACAGUGGGCGUCCGAGGGAUCUCCAACGAGCUGGGGCUCCGAGUUCUUGGCGACGUCAUGAGAGCCGCCACGACAGGCAAUUCCAGCCGUGCCGUCAGUGUUGUGGGCUGCCAGUCGCUUAAGUGGAAGACCUUCCUCCAAACCUACGAGGCGCACCCACCAUCGUUCCUGCAGGACGUCAUCCCCGCCGACAAGACCACGAUAGAGAGCGGAGGGAACGGUCAGAUCAAUCAUGCCCUCCUCAAGAUGGAUGCAAGCACGCUCAAGGAUCACGUGCGCAAGAAAGUCCUAGAGAAGGCGCGACAGGUGCUCGGUGGGAAUGAAGACAGCACUCCGCCGCUCGAUGCACCGCUGCGGGAGUCCGGCAUCGAUUCACUUGGCGCGGUGGAGUUCAGAAACGGCCUCGCAGCGGAACUGGACGUCAAACUUUCAGCAACCACGCUCUUCGAUUAUCCGACGCUUAACGGUAUCAUUGGAUUCAUCGUGCAGCAGAUCCAAAUCAAGACUGGCCAGGAGCAACCGGGCCACCAGCCGAGCACAAUGAUGCCGGUCAGCGUGUCUGUCAAGGGGCGUGAUGCGCUGACUACGAGGAUCGGCGUGUACGGCGUAUCGUGUCGGUUUCCGGGCCGCAUCGACAGUCUGGCGUCGCUGUGGUCGUUCGUCAUGGGCCAGCAGGACGCCGUGUGUGACACUCCCGCCGACCGAUGGUAUGUUGGCGACUUUGUGAGGUCCGCCAGCUCUCUAGACGAGAGCCAGCGGGCGGCGUGCCUCCAGGCCGGGUACAUUGUGGAUGGGGUGGAGUACUUUGACAACGCCUUCUUUGGCCUGUCGGCCGCCGAGGCCACGGCCAUGGACCCUCAGCAGCGCAUCAUGCUCGAGGUCGCUCACGAGGCCUUCCUCGACGCCGGACACAGCCGCGAGCAGCUACUCGGCCAGACCGUCGGCGUCGUCAUCGCCGGCAGCUCAUAUGACUGGCUCACCCUCGGGCGAGAGGGCACAACCAGCACGGCGACGGCCGACAACAAGAGCACGACCAAGACCAACAGCGACCUCAGCAGCAGCUACGCCGGAGUGGGGAGCGCUGUGUCGAUUCUGUCGAACCGCAUCUCGUAUGUGUACGGUCUUCGGGGCAACAGCAUGACGAUCGACACGGCAUGCUCGUCGUCGCUCGUGGCGCUGGACGCUGGGGCGUCCUGGAUUCGCACUGGCCAGUGCGAGACGGUCCUGGUAGGCGGCGUGCAGCUGAUGCUCUCGCCUCUGACCUUCGUCCACUGCUCGAAGGCCGGCAUGAUCUCGCCUGACUGCCGCAGUAAGACGUUCGACACGAGUGCGAACGGCUAUGUGCGCGGCGAGGGUGCGGGCGCCGUGGUCCUGGAGCGGCAGGGGGCCGGCGAUGGCGGCGAUGAUGAGGCCAUGAGUGUUUCUCCUUGGUUGGGCGAGGAGGGCAAGGACGGCCUCGCGAGGGGUUUGGAGGAGGAUGUCUCGAGCCGCAGGGGAGGGACAAGGAGGAGGGAGCCUUUGGCUGUGGUGCUGUCGAGCUGUGUGAAUCACGUCGGGCGGAGUGCGUCGCUGACGGCGCCAUCUGGGAGUGCGCAGGCUGAGCUGCUCGGGCGCGCCCUGGAAAUCGCCGGUCUGCGGCCUCAUGAGGUGUGCUUCUUGGAGACGCACGGCACGGGCACGUCUCUUGGCGAUCCGAUUGAGGUGGGGGCCAUCCAGCGCGUCUACGGAGGGCACGAGCACGACCCAGCGGCAAUAGGGGAGAGCAGGCAGCGUCGCCCAUUGGUGCUGGGUGCUGUCAAGACCAAUCUCGGCCACCUCGAGGCAGCGGCAGGCAUGGCGGGACUGCUCAAGACCAUCGCUGUCCUGCAGCACCAGAUCUGCCCCCCCAACCUCCACUUGCGCACUCUCAACCCCUUCAUUGACGUCGGCGACGCCACUGAAGAACAGCACAAGCACGACAAACCAGAAGCACCAUACGCCACACUCAACUGUGUCUUCCCCACGGAGCCCAUCUCUCUCAAGCCCACACCAACACACACAACCAUUGCAGCACCACGCGGCCAGGCGGCAGAGGACGACGACGGCCACACCGGCCAUCAUGACGACGGCCACAACGCCGCGCUGAUUGGCGCUGUCAGCUCGUUUGGCUUUGGUGGAUCCAACGCACACGUGAUCCUACAGUGCAAGCCGAACCAAGGCCGUCAAGCGAUUGAAGGCGUCCACCGGGCAGACCAGGGGGCUUGUCACCACCGGGAGAGGAAGGUGGCUCUCAUGUUCACCGGUCAGGGCAGCCAGUAUGUCUAUAUGGGGCGGGAGCUGUACGAGAGCGACAGCGUGUUCCGGGAGGCCAUCGACAAGUGCGCGGCGUUGCUCGAUCCGCAUCUGUCGUCGCAGCAAGAGGGCGUCUCACUGGUGGAGCUGCUUUACCCCUCCACUUCAUCCGCGGAGGAACGAAUGGCUCGGCUCAUCGACGAGACGCGCUUCUGUCAGCCCGUCUUGUUUGCCGUUGAGUACGCCCUGUACACGUCGCUGUCUGCCCGGGGCGUGGUUGCCGACGUGGUCAUGGGUCACAGCCUAGGCGAGUAC